AUGACUUUCGAAAACAACACGAACCAGCAGAACGGUGCUGGCGCCGCCGGCCUCGAGUCCAGGUUCGCCAACAUGUCGGUUCAGAACGGUGCCGCUGGCGGUGCUCCCCGCAAGGCGUAUGUCCCCCCGCAUCUCCGUGGCCAGCAGAACAACGCUUCGCUCAACUCGUCGGCAGCAUCCUUCAGUCCGCGUGCUCCUGCCGCCUUCAACUCCAACGGCAACGGCGACGGCGCAGGUGCUCCCCCUGCGCCCGCCGCAUUCAGCAGCUUCAACCGCGGCGCUCCUCGUGGCGGUGCCGGUGGCUGGGACACGCCUUCGUCCGGUGGCUACGGCGGCGGUGCCGCGCGUGGUGGCGGCUACGGUGGCGGUGCCCGCAACGACGGCUUUGGUCAGUGGAAGGACGGCCAGCACGUCCCCGGCGCUCCCAACCCGCGUCUGCAGAAGCAGCUCUUCGGUGAGGAGGGCGACGGUCUCCACCAGAGCAUGGGUAUCAACUUUGACAAGUACGGCGACAUCCCCGUCGAGGCGAGCGGACGCGACGUCCCCGAGCCCGUCACCACCUUCACCUCGCCCCCGAUCGACGCCCACCUCCUUGAGAACAUCAAGCUUGCGCGCUACACCAACCCCACCCCCGUUCAAAAGUAUUCGAUCCCCAUCAUCGAGCUUGGCCGUGACCUGAUGGGCUGUGCCCAAACCGGUUCCGGUAAGACGGGUGGUUUCCUCUUCCCCAUCCUCUCGGCCCUCUUCACCCACGGCCCGCCUCCCCCGCCUGCCGAGAUGCAGCACGGUGGCUUUGGCCGCAGGAAGGCCUACCCCAGCACGCUCAUCCUCGCUCCCACUCGUGAGCUCGUCUCGCAGAUCCACGAAGAGGCUCGCAAGUUCACCUACCGAUCCUGGGUCAAGCCCGCCGUCGUCUACGGCGGUGCCGACAUUGGCUCUCAGCUUCGCGAGAUCGAGCGCGGCUGCGACCUCCUCUCGGCCACCCCCGGUCGUCUCGUCGACCUGAUGGAGCGUGGCCGCAUCAGCCUCAGCAACGUCCGCUUCCUCGUGCUCGACGAGGCCGACCGCAUGCUCGACAUGGGUUUCGAGCCCCAGAUCCGACGCAUCGUCGAGGGCGAGGACAUGCCCGGCGUCAUGGACCGUCAGACGCUCAUGUUCUCCGCCACCUUCCCGCGCGACAUUCAGCUCCUCGCCAAGGACUUCCUCAAGGAGUACGUCUUCCUCUCGCUCCUCGCCAAGGACUUCCUCAAGGAGUACGUCUUCCUCUCGGUCGGCCGUGUCGGUUCGACUUCCGAGAACAUCACCCAGAAGAUCGAGUACGUCGAGGAUGACGACAAGCGCUCCGUGCUUCUCGACGUGCUUGCCUCCAUGCCCACUGGCGGUCUCACCCUUAUCUUUGUCGAGACCAAGCGCAUGGCCGACAUGCUCAGCGACUUCCUCCUCCGCUCCAACAUCGCCGCCACCUCCAUCCACGGCGACCGCACCCAGCGCGAGCGUGAGCGUGCUCUCGAGCUCUUCCGUUCGGGCAAGACGCCCAUCAUGGUUGCCACCGCCGUCGCCGCCCGUGGUCUCGAUAUCCCCAACGUCACCCACGUCGUCAACUACGACCUCCCCUCGGACGUCGACGACUACGUCCACCGCAUCGGCCGUACCGGUCGUGCCGGUAACACAGGCCACGCCACCGCCUUCUUCAACCGCGGCAACAAGAACAUUGUUCGCGACCUCAUCGAGCUGCUCAAGGAGGCCAACCAGGAGGUUCCUCAGUGGCUCGAGGCUGUGGCCCGCGAGAGCAUGUUCGGUGCCGGCGGCGGCGGACGCGGCGGUCGCGGCCGCGGCCGUGGCCGCGGCGGUGCCUCGUCCAUCGGCAGCCGCGAUGCCCGCACCAUGAACGGUCCCGCUGGCGGCAGCCGUGGCUUCGGUGGCGGCUUUGGCGGUGGCAUGGGCGGUGGCUACGGCGGUGCUGGUGGCCUCGGCGGCGCUGGCGGCUACGGCGGCCCUCCCCCUGCCUCCACCGGCGGCAGCUACGGCGGCAACUCGUCUUGGUGGUAA